AUGCGACGAUUCAGUCAGAGAAAGUCUCGUACCCGCGGGACAAUCAUUCGUGGCAAUACGAUGUCAUCCAGUUCAUUAUCAUCCAAACAUGAUUUCUCCUACACUGAUAAUGAUUACGAUUAUUUUUUAAGUGAUGCACUGGUAAAUGAUAUUGAACAAUUUGCAAAUCACGCAGAACGAUUGCGUCAAUCGCUUGAUCCUUCUAUCAAUGCAAACGAUGGUAAGUCAAUGUGUGUAUAA